GUGUAGAUAUAAGUCCAGUGACUUCUUGGUCGUUGGUUCCCCCAAAACUCAAUCGAUUCACUCUGCAUCGAUCGAUCUGCACUUUGGAAUGGCGAGGAGUAGAUCGUCUUCCACUAUAUGGCGCUACAUAAAUCCGGCUUACUAUUUGAAGCGACCUAAGCGCCUCGCCUUGCUCUUCAUUGCUUUUGUUUUUGCAACCUUCUUCUUUUGGGAUCGUCAAACUUUACUCCGUGAUCAUCAGGAAGAGAUCUCUAAGUUGAAAGAAGAAGUGAUACACUUGCGGAAUCUGCUGGAAGAAUUGAAGAGUGGUGGAGACCUGUCAGUUGAAAAAAAGAAAAAUAGCGGCGAAGGUGGUCAGACGGUGAAGAAUAUGGACUCACCAGAUAAUAUCCUCGAUGCUCAGCGAAGAGAGAAAGUGAAAGAUGCUAUGCUUCAUGCUUGGAGCUCUUAUGAAAAAUAUGCAUGGGGCCAUGAUGAACUACAGCCGCAAACAAAGAAUGGUGUUGACAGUUUUGGUGGUCUUGGAGCAACCUUGAUAGAUUCUCUUGACACACUAUAUAUCAUGGGCUUGGAUGAGCAGUUUCAGAGAGCUAGAGAAUGGGUUGCAAACUCCUUGGAUUUCAACAAGAACUAUGAUGCAAGUGUUUUUGAGACAACCAUAAGGGUUGUAGGUGGGCUUCUUAGUACAUAUGAUCUAUCUGGUGAUAAGCUUUUCCUUGAUAAGGCUCAAGACAUUGCUGACAGAUUGUUGCCUGCAUGGAAUACAGAAUCUGGCAUCCCUUACAACAUUAUCAACUUGGCUCAUGGGAAUGCACAUAACCCUGGGUGGACAGGGGGUGAUAGUAUCCUGGCAGAUUCUGGUACUGAGCAGCUUGAGUUUAUUGCUCUUUCACAGAGGACAGGAGACCGAAAAUAUCAACAAAAGGUGGAGAAUGUUAUCUUAGAACUUAAUAGAACUUUUCCGGAUGAUGGUUUGCUUCCAAUAUACAUUAAUCCACAUAAAGGCACAACAUCAUACUCAACUAUAACAUUUGGCGCAAUGGGUGACAGCUUUUAUGAAUAUUUACUCAAGGUCUGGAUACAAGGAAACAGAACUGCUGCUGUGAGUCAUUAUAGGAAAAUGUGGGAGACAUCAAUGAAAGGUCUUUUAAGCUUGGUGCGGAGGACGAACCCUUCAUCUUUUGCAUAUCUUUGUGAGAAGAUGGGAAGUUCUUUAAAUGACAAGAUGGAUGAACUUGCAUGCUUUGCUCCUGGAAUGUUAGCUUUAGGAUCAUCUGGUUAUAGCCCAAAUGAGGCCCAGAAGUUCUUAUCACUAGCUGAGGAGCUUGCUUGGACUUGCUAUAACUUUUACCAGUCAACACCUACAAAAUUGGCAGGAGAGAACUAUUUUUUUAAUGACGGCCAAGAUAUGAGUGUGGGCACAUCAUGGAACAUAUUAAGGCCAGAGACAGUUGAGUCACUGUUUUACCUCUGGCGUUUAACUGGAAACAAGACAUACCAAGAGUGGGGUUGGAACAUAUUUCAAGCAUUUGAAAAGAACUCAAGGAUAGAGUCUGGAUAUGUUGGACUUAAAGAUGUCAACACUGGUGUCAAAGAUAAUAUGAUGCAAAGCUUCUUUCUUGCCGAGACUCUUAAAUAUCUGUAUCUUCUUUUUUCUCCCUCAUCAGUUAUCCCCCUAGAUGAGUGGGUUUUCAAUACAGAAGCCCACCCCAUAAAAAUUGUUACCCGGAAUGAUCGGGCAGUGAGUUCUGGAAGGUCAGGUGGAAGCCAAGAAUCAGAUAGGCAGUUGCGAACCAGGAAAGAAGGUCGAUUUCGCGUUCAUCAUUAAUCGAGCUGUUGAUUAAUUAUAAUGGGAUCCACUCACCAAGAAAGUGCUAGCUAGCCUCAUUAAUCUUGCAUUUGAGAUGAAGGAUCUGCCCUCUGUUAACUCCAGAUUGGCUGGAUUAAUUGGAUGUAUUGCUUUACUUUGUAGUUUAUAAAAUGCUCUAACAUGGAGCAAUAGUUGUAUGUAGCAUAGCAAUUUAGGUUCACCUCUUAUAUUGGGGUGUACUGUAGAGGACAACUUUUUUUUUUUUUUGGCCGGCGGCUCUACAUUUUUGGGCUCGAUGAGCAAUUUGCUACUCUUACAAUCUUUUUCCCUCGAGAGGGAUUGGAGUUAUCUCUUAUAUGUAUCUGAAUUUGUGAAUGCAAUAUCUUUGCGACACUAUAUAUCUAAUACGUUUUUCUUAGUUA